UUCGGUCAGCGUAACUUUUACCGCGUCGCGAUAAUGGAGCACAUUGCUAGCGGUGUGCCGUCCGCCCUUGCCGGAUGCUACGCCGUGCUCUUUCACAUCCAGUCUUUGUUGUCGUUGGUGAUUAUUUCGACUCAGCUGUGAUCAAAGAACAGUUUCUUGCCCGCUGAACGCCAUUGUCCUCUCUGCAACUUCCAAAUCUGUCUUUGGAGCGUCAAUAUGACACAGUAUCCUCAUCCUUUCAGCCAGGCUGCGAAGCUUGAUUCGAGGAUCAUCCCUCGUCCGGCCUAUGACCCUGAGCUCGCAAAACUCCUCGAUGCUACUACAAUCCCCGAGGAGUUCGAUCUUGACUUGAUGCGUGGAGUCUCGAAAGAGGAACAUCAAUGCGCACAUGGAGAAACGGGGGAGACCGAGUUCAGUGCGGGGACUAUCCUCAAAGACAAACCUUUCUUGUCUCAUGAGGAGUAUGCGAUUCCUGGGCCCGACGACACUACCAUCAUCCUUUCCGUCUUUACGCCAAAGGAACCCUCGAGCGCUCCGCGACCAGCUUUGUACCAUAUGCACGGAGGCGGACUGGUCAGUGGCGACAGAUUCACGGCCCUCACGCCCAUCAUUGACCUUCUCGAGGGCAUUGACUGUGUCGUGGUGUCUGUUGAGUAUCGCUUGUCGCCCGAGACUCCCCUGCCGGGCCCCAGCGAAGAUUGUUAUGCCGGGCUUGUGUGGCUUUCUGAAAAUGCCAGUAAGCUCGGGGUCGAUCCCGCGCAGAUUGUGGUUUUCGGCGUCUCUGGCGGGGGCAUAGUGGCCACGGCGACGUGCCUCAUGGCUCGCGAUAGGAAGAAUCCUGCCAUCCCGAUCAAGGGUUUGAUGCUGUACGCGCCUCAACUCGAUGACCGUUGCGAAACAUUGUCAGACCAGCAAUACGAGUACGGCAACCCGACCAGCACGCCGUGGGUGCGUUCUUGUUGGGAUCUCGCGCUUCCGAAAAUUCGUGGCACUGACAAAGUCACGCCGUAUCACGCACCGGCCCGCGCUGAAGACUAUUCCAGCCUGCCUCCGACGUACAUUGAUGCUGGUGAGUGCGAGGUUUUGCGCGAUCAGGCAGUGCAGUUUGCGACGAACAUGUGGCGGUGCGGAUCUACUUGCGAAUUGCACAUCUGGCCUGGUGCAUACCAUAUCUUCGAGAUGAUCAACGAUGGUAACCACUUGGUCAUUCAGUCGGCCAAAGCGGCCAAAGCCAAUUGGUUCAAGAGGAUGAUGACGACUCGGAGUGUGUGACCGUGCCGGUUAGGACUGUUUACGUAGAGGUCAGCAGCAUGAAUGGAUAGAAGCAAAUAGGAUUCGAUCGAAAUGAAACUGUGCACGCUCGCAAGUUC